UAGUUAAUAAAGAGAACAAGUGUUAGGUCUCUAGGGCGAGGGAGAGGAUUUAAGCAAGGCCACGUUUGUUUUUGACGCCUCUCAAACCCUUUUCCCUUCCUUCCCCAAUCUCUCUCUUUGCGACUUAGGGUUUUAGGGUAGCCUCGUCUCUGUUAUUUAAUCAAAACCUCUUCGGCAAUGAGCAGCGACAAGGAUAACUUCAACAUGGCCGAUCUUAACGCCUCUCUUAACGAAGAGGAUCGAGCUGGCCUUGUCAGUGUCCUCAAGAAUAAGCUUCAGAACCUAGCUGGCCAGCACUCUGAUGUUCUUGAGAACUUAGCUCCCAAAGUCAGGAAGCGUGUUGAGGUUCUCAGAGAGAUCCAGAGUCAGCAUGAUGAAUUGGAGGCAAAAUUUUUUGAGGAGAGAGCAGCACUUGAAGCCAAAUAUCAGAAACUGUACCAGCCUUUAUACACCAAGCGUUUCGAUAUUGUGAAUGGUGUUGUUGAAGCAGAAGGAGCUACUAAUGAAGCUGCAAUGGACCAAGAAGAGGAUAAGGCUGCUGAAGGUAUACUCUCUGAACAUCACCAUGGGACUCUCUCUAUUGUGUCAAUAUUCUUUUUGGGGCUUUAUUUUGAAUGUGGUACACUUAAUGCAGAGAAAGGAGUACCUGAUUUCUGGCUCACUGCAAUGAAAAAUAAUGAAGUGCUAGCUGAAGAGAUUACUGAGCGUGAUGAAGGAGCUCUCAAGUAUCUUAAAGACAUUAAGUGGUACAGGAUAGAGGAACCGAAAGGAUUCAAGCUUGAAUUUUAUUUUGACACCAAUCCUUUCUUCAAGAACUCUGUCUUGACGAAGACUUAUCACAUGAUUGAUGAAGAUGAACCUAUUCUUGAGAAAGCUAUUGGGACUGAGAUUGAAUGGCAUCCGGGAAAAUGCUUGACACAGAAGCUUCUUAAGAAGAAGCCUAAGAAGGGAUCAAAGAAUGCUAAGCCUAUCACUAAAACUGAAGAUUGUGAAAGUUUUUUCAAUUUUUUUAAUCCACCUCAAGUCCCUGAAGAUGAUGAAGACAUUGAUGAAGAUACUGCCGAGGAGCUUCAAAAUCAAAUGGAGCAAGAUUAUGAUAUUGGGUCAACCAUUAGAGACAAGAUUAUCCCCCAUGCUGUUUCAUGGUUUACAGGCGAGGCUAUUCAAGGGGAUGAGCUUGAAAUAGAAGAUGAUGAUGAAGAAGAUGAGGAUAUUGAUGAGGAUGAAGAGGAUGAGGGAGAGGAUGAGGAUGAGGAAGAGGAAGACGAUGAUGAUGAAGACGAUGAAGAUGAAGUCAAGACCAAAAAGAAGUCAUCAGCUGGAAACAAGAAGGGUGGAAGGCUACAAAGUGGAGAUGGUCAGCAGGGUGAGAGACCUCCAGAAUGCAAGCAGCAGUAGAAGUUGAAUGGUGAGGAGCCAGUAUAUCUUUGUGUGGUUAGAAGUUGUGGUAGAGCUUUACAAUUUGUUUAGGGUUUUUAG